CCACAAAGGGCCCGCGCGCAGCCGCCGCCGCCGCCGCUGCGCGAGGAGCCAGGAUGGUCCUGGUCCACGUCGGCUAUCUCGUGCUUCCAGUGUUUGGCUCUGUGCGAAACAGAGGUGCCCCCUUUCAAAGGUCUCAGCAUCCUCACGCUACCUCCUGCCGCCACUUCCACCUGGGCCCCCCGCAGCCGCAGCAACUCGCGCCGGACUUCCCCCUGGCCCAUCCGGUCCAGUCCCAGCCGGGCCUCAGCCCCCACAUGGCCCAGGCCCACCAGCACAGCGGCGCCCUGCACCAGUCGCUGACCCCGCUGCCCACCCUGCAGUUCCAGGACGUCACAGGUCCCUCCUUCCUACCUCAGGCCCUGCACCAGCAAUACCUCCUGCAGCAGCAGCUCCUGGAAGCCCAGCACCGCAGGCUCGUUUCGCAUCCCAGGCGGAGUCAGGAGCGCGUGUCUGUCCACCCCCACCGCCUCCACCCCAGCUUUGACUUCGGCCACCAACUCCAAACGCCUCAGCCCAGGUAUUUGGCUGAGGGCACUGACUGGGAUCUCAGUGUGGACGCCGGCUUGAGUCCUGCUCAGUUCCAGGUGCGGCCCAUCCCUCAGCACUAUCAGCAUUACCUAGCAACGCCUCGAAUGCACCACUUUCCCAGAAACUCCUCCUCUACGCAGAUGGUCGUCCAUGAAAUCCGAAACUACCCUUACCCUCAGCUUCACUUCCUUGCUCUCCAAGGACUGAACCCCAGCAGACACACCUCUGCGGUGAGGGAGAGCUACGAGGAGCUGCUGCAGCUCGAGGACAGGCUGGGAAAUGUGACUCGGGGAGCUGUACAGAAUACCAUUGAGAGGUUCACCUUCCCCCACAAGUAUAAGAAGCGAAGACCCCAAGAUGGCAAGGGCAAGAAAGAAGAGGGAGAGGAGUCAGAUACAGAUGAGAAAUGCACAAUUUGUCUGUCUGUGCUGGAAGAUGGAGAAGAUGUCAGGCGCCUACCAUGUAUGCAUCUCUUUCACCAACUGUGUGUGGACCAAUGGCUCGCCAUGAGCAAGAAAUGCCCCAUCUGCCGGGUGGACAUUGAGACACAACUGGGAGCCGACAGCUGAGGGAGGAAUUAGCCAGUGGAUGCCCCAUUUUCCUUCACCAGGUCCCCCCACGGCCAUAGCCCUUGCAGCCAAACUUUGCCUUCUGAGCCAUUUGACGUAGAGGAAAAGCCUGCAAGCACAUUUUGUGGAAAGAGUUGGUGGUAUCAGUGUCUGAGGGAAAGGAAGGGUGGCGGGGAGGACCCCUCCAUCCAGAAUGGUGACUGCCCCCAUCCACCUCGCUGCGCGGGAAGGAGGGAGCUGGCCGUGCCCGGAGCAGGGGUGGGAAGGGGGGGCCCACGCUGCUGAGAAUCUAGAUGUGAUCCUGAAGGUCCUAGCCGAUAGACCGGCCCCUCAAUCCUGUCCUUUGAAGGAUUGUAUAUAUACCUCUCGACCACGUAGAAACCAUGUAGGGGUCUCUAGCUAUUUCUGUGGAUGGCAGCCGGAGCAUGUUAGCUUAAGAAAAAUGUUGUGUGUGGUGCUCUAGUCAUCUUGUGGUGGACAUGUCGCUAUUACCGAAUUCGCACCAAAUAUUUCUCAUUGAGUUUCUUGUUUUGGUGCCUGACUGAACCAACCAACGACAGCCCAAAUCUUCCCGUCUUUAGGAGAGAAAAGGAAAAAACGGUGGAAAAAAAAAAAAAGCCAAAUCCUUUUUAUGAUGAAAAAGGAUUUUUUUUUCACCCAGGUUGGGAGGCGGGAGGGGGGUUCUUGUUUUGUUUUUGGUUUUGUUUUUUUCCUUUGCUUUUGUUUUUCUCAUGUUUACAGUGCACGGAGCAUAGAAGAGGGGCAUGUGGGAAAGGGGAGGACUAAAAAAGGAGCAGAUGGGAGUCUUAGGUGGACUUCUGAGGGGCUGAGCCAGGGUUGGGAAGGUAGAGUUUGAGUAGGUAGGAGGAGAAUUCUGUCUUGAAGGAGGGAUCUCCAGUUCCAGAGCCUAUCUACUUAGCUCCAGCUGUCCCCCAGGCUCCACAAUGAACCAGGGAGGGGCCAGCCUUCAACGAAAGCUGGCCCUGGGUUCCUCAGAAUCAGGAUGUCCCUGCUCAUGCUAGAUUCUUCCUGUUGGCUGUGCUCAUGCCUUGUCACAACGAGGCAAUUUGGCCACUGCCUCCCUAUGCAAAAAAUGAACCCGAUGAUGAAGAUAAGAUAGCAUAGGUGAUGAACGCUUGGUCUUGGGCAAAGUGCUCUCAGCUAGCACGCAAGGGCUAUGGUCAAACAGUGUGGACCUUGAGGAGGACAUGGAGCUUCCUUUGGGAUGUCUCGGAUCCUGAUGGAGUCCCUCAGACUUGGCCCUGGCCCUGAGACCACGUUGCAGGGUUUGGGAGGUACGUGCCCCUAGCCUCUGGCUCUUUCUCUGACUCUUCGAUAACCUUGGGCAAGUCCCUUUCUUUCUCUGUGCCUCAGUUUCCUUCUCCUUAGAGUGGAGAGAAACACCAGUGCAUCCCCAUUUCCACUUCCUCUAUGUCACCCAGAUGUUAUGAGGAUCAAUAUUACCUGCCCAACACAUUCACCUGGGAACCUCCUUGCGGUUCCGGGAUGGAGGUGGUAGGAGAGACAGACCUGGAAAUUCCAGGUGACACUGCACAGUGUGUCUUUCUGCACCACCCCACAAUUUUUCUGAACCUCAAACGAGCAGAGAGAUGGGAAGACAAAAGCAUGGAGAUGGGAAAAUCCACCAAAUUGCACCAAAUCCCCCAAUCCCAGCCCAACUUCCUUUAUCUGGAGGAGGAAAACACCAGCUCAGCUGGAAUUCUGCUCUCUUCCUCCUUUACCAUCCCCCUCCUCCUCUCCCUCAUUUGCACUGCCCUCAAAGCCUCCCUCUGCCCCAGUCUCAAUGCCCUCAUCACAAUAAGAGAAGACUACAGGGCAUAGGAUACUUACUACAUAUAUGAAGGAAUUCCAUAAAGUUAAGGAAAUCUGAGUCUGCAUUGCUGCUACAAAGGAUAAAACCAGGACCAAUGGGUAAAAAUGACCAGGAGGCAGAUUUUGGCUUGAGGUAGAAGCUUUUCGCACAACCGGAGCUGUCAGGUGGAGGGAUGACGGCUCUGGACACCUACAGGCAGAGAAUGAAGGAGGUGGCUUCUUGUGGGAGGGUUCCUUGAGGAACCUUCAGACGAAGGCAAUGAUCACUGCGUGCCCACCUUCAUGGGUGCCCGGCAGUGCAGGCACUGGGAGAGACAAUAGCAAAGAAGACUAUAUCCCCGUCUCAAGGAGUAUACAGUCUAGCCCAGGAGCUAAGACACAAACAACAGUGCAGAAAUGGUGAAGAGCCUGAUUCAGGGUUGACGGCGGUGAGCAUGACUUUGUCCCUUCCGUUCAGUGAUUCCGGUGUGUGAGCAAUGUCUUUAGGGAUAAACGGCUGGAGACCUCACCAGCGUGGAAAGUACUUCUGAGUCAGGAUUUGGGGGAAAGCUAGUUAUUAUAAUAGUUGCCCCUGCGAGUUGGGAAUCCUCCCCAGCCUGCUUCGAUCCAGAGGUAGCCAGGGUGGCCUAGGGAAGGUCCGUCCCCUCUUAGUCUCUUGUUCUUCUCUCCAAGGCCAGUUUGAAAAGCUAGCAGGUAGAGGGAGUGUGUGUGGAGGCCAGAUGGAAUGAGAGCUGGCUUCCUGGGUCCCAGUCUUGGCUCUUGGUGACAAAGUGAGCAGACCUAGAAACCUGCUUGCUUCUCUCUGGGCCUCAGCUGUAACACACAGAGGUUGGAUAGGAUGCUUGCUAAAUUUCCUUCCAACAUUCACAUUCUCUGAUCCUUCUAACAUCAACACAUCAUUCAAGUCCUUAGAGUUGUGUGCUGACUGAGCUGUUGAAAUGACUUGCUGUGGGCACCAACAUCUGUUUCAGAGCCUGAGAGUGGGGCGUGGUCCCCUCCUCCCAAUUAUCUGCAGACUCCCUGAGUGCCCCAGGCGAACUUUAGGCACUGACUGGGUGGGGUAGGUGGGAUUCACCUGGAGGGGUAGAGGUCAGUUGCCGGGGGUAGAUCCUAAAGCCUCCCUCUUCCUCCGCUCUCUCUGGGGCCCUCUUCCCCUACAGGUGGGCACAGGAGGUGACAUGGACCAAGGCACCUCCCAGCAACCUUAGCCGGGCAGCCGUCAGGGUGGGAAGAGAGGACAGGGGUCUGUGCUUCUGCUCCCUGGAGGCCCCCUCCCCCGUUGUCUGGGAGCCGGGGAAGAGUAGAGAAGAGGCAGGCUCAGGCCUCAGUAUCUCACACCUACCACCUCCAGGAGGUGAGACCUCCUGUUGUUCUCCUUCUGUUCAACUCAAGGGACUCAGACCCUUUCCUGACUGAGACGCAUGAGUGCCUUCUGGGGCCAGAGCUGCCCCAGGGUCAAGUUGGGCCUCCUAGCCACAGCACAGCCCCGGCCGCAGUGGGUCCACUGAGGUGCCAAUCACUGAAACUAAUGCCACAAGCCCAGACUGCGCGGGCAGAGGGCGGGGGCACAGAGCUCCUCCACUUGCCGGGACCCCCUGGGGCCCUGUAGCCCUUGCCUACCACCUGUGGCAGGACUCAAGCUCCUCUUCGGCAAAUGUUCCCAGCCUCCGUGCAAGUAUUCUUAACUCUUUACGCCUAAUGAACAAGCACAGUUUUUUCAAUGGUGAGUAAAAAGCACCAGAUUUUCUUUUUUCCCCUGAAGAAAUCCUCCAAGCCCCUCGCCUGCCGGCGGGACACACACUCCCCGAGUGGGGCUGUAGCAACGUCUGUCAGGUCUCCCCCUCGUGUUUCAUCUCCUGCGCGCGCGUAGAGCAAAUGCUAGAGCGAUUUCAGCUGAUAGAAAAACAAAAAUGAAAAAAAAAACACAAAAAACAAAAACAUGGCACGUUGCUAGUUUACAGGGUUUUGUGAGUUUAAAUGCCUUAUAUUUAACAAUCAUAAUUUAUGACUAACUUGUAGAUAUCGUGGGUUCUUAUUUAAUUAUUUUUAUAGUUGUUUUGCAUUUUUAAUUAUAAUUUAUUUAUUUAGAAAGGAUACUAAUUUUUUUUAUUACUCCUAUUACCUCAUUUUGGCGUUGUUUCUGGGAGUGGAAUGCUUUGCAUGCAUUGGUACGAUGACAAACAACUACGAAUACAAAAAAAAAAUUUUAAAUAAAAUUCCGCGAACUUUAUUUCGUCCAAACUAUCAGGGUGUGUGAUUGCAAGCUGUCCUACUGUGGUGCUGGCCUCUUUGGAUACAUUCCAUACGAAAUGCAAACCUUUGAUUCUGUAUGCUGUGAUCUAGUGAAAAACUCCAAUAUAGUGACUGUAUUUAGCACAUAUAUAAAUAUAAUUUGCACUCGUCAGCAGACUGGGGUAAUCCUUUCACUUGCUACCCUUGGCCCUCCAACCCCCACCCCCAUCAUUACCCUGUUUCUCCUUCUUCCGUCACCCUUCCCACAACCUUAGCCCACCCUGCCUUCAUCCUCUGAGGAAGGUAAUCCGGGGGCACUAGAGGUCACUCUCUCCACCUGAGGUCCAAAUCUCUCUGCCUCCAGAAUGUUCCCUUCGGACAUGACCAGCAGGAGCAUCUGAAAGCCAAAAAACAUGAUUUAUUAGAACAAGCCCUGGACUGGGAGUCAGGAGGCUCCGGUUUUCAGAUGACCUUUAUUGUAAACUUUCCUGUAACCUUGAGCAAGUCACUGGGCCUCUCUGUGUCUCAGUUUUCUGGGCUGGGGUAAAGGGAGGUGAACUGGAGGGUAUCUAGGGAAAGGAAAGAGGAGAGGAAGAGAGUGGCCUGAGAAUUUAUCCAGCAGAUUGGUUCAAAGGAGACCUCUGGAGGUUUCCUGUCCUUUGCAGCAUCCUGUGGGUGAGAGGGAGGCAGGCCAGCUGGACACAUCCCCAGACAUGGGACCUGCUCUCUCACAAGGUUUGGCGAUCACUUGAAGAGUGAGUGGAAAUCCAUGUCGUGUUAGAUAUGGGGAUGGGGUAGGCAAAAUAUAAGCCCAAAUUAUGAUGUUUGGGACUGGCACCCCAUCCUCUCAUCUCCCAGAGCCUUUGUUUUUAAGGCAUCACCCUUGGCAACCCAAGAUGGGGACACAGAUUUUAGACUCAUGGUCCCUCUUCCUUUACUCUCUCUGUCACUGCUCCGUGGGAAGAGUGCUAGGGGAGGGUUUGGGGAAACAGUUGCCUCAAAGGCUGGCACAGCAGUGAGCCCAGAUGCCUUUGGGCCCAAAGGAGAGAGGAGGUCCAUGGCCCCAGGAGAAGACUCUGCGUGGACUCGGACCCUGGCCCGGAGUGCGAGGAUCACCCACUCCUGUGCUCUCUGCAUGUCUGCCUCCUCCCUCCUUUCCUCCUUCCCUUCUUUUCCAGCCCAUCACUCCCUCUUGCCUCUUGACAUCACUGCCUUUGCUGGUGGAGAAGUCCAGCCUCCACGUGAGGCCCCCUGGGAUGGUGCUGACAGGGGAGGAAGUGGAGGCCCAAUUCGCCACACUGCCUGGUCAGGCUUGUAAGAGUGGCUGGGCCAUGCAUGGUCCCUAAGUCCCACCUUUGUUCUGGCCAGACUAUGCAUCCCGUUCCCUGGGCUUCCUGCCUGCUGCCUGCCCAGCUUCCCUUUCUGCCUCUGCUCUGGGGCCUUGUUCUCUUGCUUUCCCACCGGGGCGUAUGACUACCACACUGCCAGGCCUGGCAGACGCUGCCCCCUUGGCAAGGCUCCUGGAUGAACAUGCCUUAUGCUGCUCUGCAGGGUCAGAGUGGGAAGGGGCCCUUUGCCCUGGCUGGCCUAUGCCCCCACCCCGCCCACCCCAGCCUUUCCCUCCCCUAACCCCACCCCUGGCCCUGGCUGUGGCUCAUUUCUCAGCUGUGGAGCCAGCCCAACUGGGCCCUCCAGGGGGUAAUUUGGUUGCCCCUGGUAAGUGAAAGGAUUAUCCUCAGUUUUGAUUGUCCUUUUUUGUAAUCCUCCUGCUGUUCUGUUCUGUUGUGCUGUGCGACAUUUUGCUACAUAGACUAUUUUAUAGCAGAAAGCUAGAAGAAUAUUUAUUAUGACUAUUAAAGCAAUAGUGCAUCAAUGAAAAGGCAGAGACAUUAGGAAUUGUGUAAAUGCUUAGAUUCACUUUUGGUGGAUUUUUUGUACUUUAUUUAUAACUAAUAAAAAUGAACUGCA